ACGCGACUGUUAGUUACCGCCUGGCGCCUUCUUCUCCCCGGGAAAUCUCUCUCUUCUCUCUCUAGCCAAAACGCAGACGCACAAGCCAUGGAACGCACGAAUUCUCUCCUCCCUCACCUCCUCACCUUUCUCUCUCUUCACCUCCUCCUCUUACUUUUCUCUCCGAUCGCCGCUGCCAAGCUCACGAACCCUCUCGGGCUCGCCAGGUCCAGCUUCCCGUCCGUGCACGCGAAGCAGCUGAUCAGAGCCUUCAAUCUCUUCCCCGAGGAAGACAUCAACAUCAUCGACGGCCCCGAUUCCUCGACCGCUGCCGUCGCCGACGCGCCGAGGCUCGUCGAGAAGCCACUCAGGCUCCCCAACCUCAUUGAAUCCGGAGUCUCCGUCGAGGACCUCGGCCACCAUGCCGGGUACUUCAAGAUCGAGCAUUCUCAUGCCGCCAAGAUGUUCUAUCUCUUCUUCGAGUCUCGCACCAACAAGAAGGACCCUGUUGUUAUUUGGUUGACUGGCGGUCCGGGGUGCAGCAGUGAAUUGGCUGUAUUUUACGAAAAUGGUCCUUUCACUAUUGCAAAUAACUUGUCACUUGUGUGGAACGAGUAUGGCUGGGAUAAGGCAUCUAAUCUUCUGUAUGUUGACCAGCCUAUUGGGACUGGCUUCAGUUAUAGUAGUGACAAACGUGACAUUCGUCACUCUGAAGAUGGUGUUAGUAAUGACCUUUAUGACUUCUUACAGGCCUUCUUUGCCGAGCACCCUGAGUUGGCAAAGAAUGACUUUUUCAUAACUGGAGAAUCAUAUGCUGGACACUAUAUUCCAGCUUUUGCUGCUCGAGUCCACAAAGGAAACAAAGCCAAAGAAGGAAUCCAUAUAAAUUUGAAGGGAUUUGCCAUUGGCAAUGGGCUUACUGAUCCUGCAGUCCAGUAUAAGGCUUACACAGAUUUUGCGUUGGACAAUGGCUUAAUCACAGCAACUGAAUAUAAUCGUAUUAACAAGGUGCUUCCAGUUUGUGAAAUGGCUAUAAAGCUCUGUGGCACUGAUGGUACAGUCUCUUGCAUGGCUUCAUAUUUUGUUUGCAAUACCAUAUUCAGUAGCAUCAUGGCAAAGGCCGGAAACAUAAAUUACUAUGACAUCAGACAGAAGUGUGAGGGGAGCCUUUGCUAUGACUUCUCAAACAUGGAGAAAUUCCUGAACCUGAAGCCUGUUAGAGAGUCACUUGGAGUUGGGGACAUUGAAUUUGUUUCAUGCAGCUCUACAGUGUAUGAAGCCAUGCUGGUGGACUGGAUGAGGAACCUUGAAGUGGGCAUCCCCACUCUUCUCGAGGACGGAAUCCAACUGCUUGUGUAUGCAGGAGAAUAUGAUCUAAUCUGCAACUGGCUUGGUAACUCAAGAUGGGUCCAUGCCAUGGAAUGGUCUGGUCAGAAACAGUUUGUAACUUCUCCGGAAGUUCCUUUUGUUGUCGAUAAUUCAGAAGCAGGAGUUCUCAAGAACCAUGGGCCUCUUAGCUUCCUUAAGGUCCAUGAUGCCGGCCACAUGGUUCCGAUGGACCAGCCCAAGGCUGCACUGGAGAUGUAGAGGUGGACUCGGGGAUCAAUUGCUGAAUCCGCAGGUGAACCAGAAAAACAGGUUGCUCAGAUGUGAUUUUACGCCGCAACAUGAACGGAGUGAAGAGUAUAGGAUGGAUUUCCGUGGUUUCUCAAUGCGCUUGUAAAUAUUUCGCCUGGGCUGGUGAAGCUAAUAGCGUUUCUAGACAAUGCGCUAUGUUUGCUUGCAGUAUCUUAAAAUGCAUAAGAAAGACUGCUUGUGGGCAAAUAUCUGAUUAGUCGUCUUUUAUGGUUGUUCUGUUCAAAGAUUUCGAUAGUUCAUAGUUGAACGUAAUACAUCCUGCAACAGCGAAGUUAUGGAGCUGAAGCGGAUGAAAGCAUUCACCUUUGCACGCAAGGGGAGAUCUUACCAUACAAUAUGCUAUGUUUGCUUACACUGCUUUUAAGAUGAAUAAGAAAGACUGCUUGUCGAUAA